GGCUGACAAAUUAAUCUAUUAUUCUCAUACAACCUAUAAGCAUCCACUUCUUUACUGCCGCACUUACAACCCCGGUAACUCUUUAAAAGUUGUAGUUGCCGUAAUCUCUUUUCUCGGUCUAUUUGCUGACUGGCUAAUACUUCCUCAUAGCUACUAUAUUCCUCGGCUUUUUGCUGUUCGCUCUCAUAAUAACACCAGCAACAAUAACUCCUUCACUCACUAUCUCAACCAGUUAAAAGAUGGCAUGGCUUCACUUGCCGACAACCCGCACAAUAAUAACUCUUAA